AGCUCCUGUGUCUUACACUCGCUGAGGUAUGCAUUCUCCCUUAUGAUCUAAUGACCCUUACUUAUGACUUGUACCACAGACUCUGUGUCUUUAGGUACAGCUAAUGCUAAGCUCCUGUGUCUUACACUCGCUGAGACUCUGUGUCUUUAGGUGAUCGCUACUGGUCGUAUCUCCACUGCGCGAUAUUGUCUGCGACAGGUUAUGGGCCCUGCCUGAACCACUAGCGGCAAAUCAAGAAACAACCGAACUACUCCCUUUAAUAAGUCUUCAUCUCUAUCACCCUGUCAUCACCAGACGACCCUCCCGUUGGGGUUAUCCUAUUUCCUGUUGUCCGUUGGGCUCAGGGACCUUCUUAUACAACCCUUCAAGACACCGAUUGGGAAGACCUAUACAAACUUGGUGAACACAACAACAAAGAUCUAUUUCACCAUCAGGACAAUUGGACUCCUGAACUUCGGUCCCUAUUCGGUGAUCCUCCCUAUAUUGAAUUCCCCUCUCUCCACUACCAAACCGCCGACGUUAUCGAGUAUCUCCCCACGAUGUCGGGAAUUGAGAAACUCAACAACUCCAUUCUGAGUGUCUUCGAUGGCACCAAUUGGAAUACGUGGUUGGACAACUACAUGAGCAUCUGCAUGCAUCAGGGCACUUGGGGAGUGGUUAAACCCACUCAUAUUACGGUUAACGGCACAUCUACCUCAAACCCUGGUUCUAUGGAGCGUCCUGGAACGGCUGGCGACAGCCAGUAUCAAUGGGACGUUGCCAAUGAAAAGGCACUGGGUCUUGCGCAGGUUUAUAUCACCCAGAAUCUGUGCAAGGGAAUCUUUAUGGAUGGUCAGCAGGAGCGCACUGCGCGCGAGGUCUUUGCAAAGAUGGUGACGGAUUAUGGCCAACCAAAUGCCAUCAAUGCUUUUGUCGAGUACCGCCUCCUGAACACCACCACCUUCUAUGGUGGUGACACCAUUGAAAAGCAAAUCAUGGAAAUGGAGACUCGUUGUCGCCAGUGUUCAGAAGGAGGAAUUGAGAUCCCCGAUUACCUCUUUGCAACUCUAAUGCUCACCGCCUUGCCUGCUUCCAGCAGAGGUUUCGUCACCUCUUAUCUGGCCAAUCGUCCUAUCGCUUCCUUGAACCCAGUCGAUGUCAAGAACAGCGUCAUUGGGAAUAUCAAGAUUGAGAACCUCGACACGACGUCGAACUCGAAGAUUUCCACCAUUCCGUCCCUCGCCACCCGCUGCACUCAUUGCAACAAGUCCGGUCAUGUUGCAGCAUCCUGCUACAAGAAGUAUCCCAACCUCAAGCCUAACAGUCAAUCAUCUGACAAAGGCAAGGGGAAGCAGGAUGAGGGGAAGAAGAAAAAGAAGAAGGAGAAGAAGAGUGGUGAUGGUACUAGCGCUGUAAAAGAAGUUGUAGCCCCUCCUACAUGCACAUUUCGUCCUAUCUCAUGAGUGACUCCCUCAAACACAUCAAUGA